AUGUCGAGUUGGCUCAUUGGCUUGUGGACGAAAUAUCACAUGACACCGAAUAUAUACCUAUUGAGAUCGCGCAUCAAUGCUAAAGUCGUUCGACCAACCUCCGAUGAGCUAGAUACAAAACUUGACGCCAACGCCUGGCAAUGUCGAAGACGAAAGCUGAGAAGAACCAAGGCACCUUCGGAUCCUCACCCACCGGAGAGGAUCCGAUUGCCUUGGUUCCGCGCAAAUACAACCAAGAUACAGAUGAAAGGUCCUAACGAAGUUUGGAGCAAUGAGUACGCUCAUCUUCCCCGAGCCGUUUGUCAUAUUUCCUGA